AUGGAGGGUUUACUGAAUAUACAAGAGGAUAGAUAUCAAAGGUUAUGCAAAUCAGAAUUAAAUUAUAAGAAAAGUCCAAAGGAUAGAAUAACCAACAGUUACUUGAAUACGAGACUAGAUACAUUGGAAAAGCUUUGGAAAGAUUUUCAAGAUACUCAUCAAGAAAUUGUCACUGUAAUUACAACUGAGAAGCGCAACGUCAUUGGGUACUUUAAGAAUGAUAUCUAUGACAAAUUUGAAGAAAAUUACAUUAAUUAUAAAGGUUCCUUACAAGAGGUUCUUCAAACAAAAAACCCUGUUGUUGCACAUUCUAUGCCAGUAGCGCCUACUACCAGUGACGUAAAAUUACCGUGCAUACAAUUACCCACGUUCAGCGGAAAAUAUAACGAUUGGCAAAGCUUCUUUGAUAUGUUCUCAUCAGUCGUACACAAUAACAAGAGUUUAUCAUCAGUCCAAAAGUUACAUUAUUUAAAAGGGAGUCUGUCGGGCGAAGCAGAAGGCUUACUUCGAAAUUUACCUACUACAGAACUCAACUACGAAAUCGCAUGGACUACACUUACUAAACGUUAUAAUAAUAAAAGAUACAAUUGUAAUGCAAUAUUAAAGGCCUUAUUUUCACAAAAACACAUCAACGUGGAGUCUGCACCUGCUAUUAAAAGUUUACUUGACACAACAUCGGCAUGUCUAAUUUCAUUAAAUAAUUUGGGCAUUGCUACUAGUUCUUGGGACGCCAUGGUGGUUUAUUUGGUAACUUCUAGACUGGAUCACGAAUCACUUCGUCAAUGGGAGACAAGGGUCAGUGUAAUAUCAUCUGACACAUUACCAACCUGGAAGGAGUUAAUGGAUGGAUUUCUUGAGUCGAGGUUCAGAACUUUAGAAAUUAUAGAUACCAAUAAACACGCCACGAGAGCGCCACAGCAGAAUAUUAAACAAAUGGAGAAAUUUAAGUCAUUUGCAGCUGUUCAAGAUAAAAGAUUAACUACGAAGCAAUCAUGCGUUAUGUGUGCAGGUGAUCACCUAAUUUUUCAAUGCAAGUCGUUUGGACAUUUACUACUACGAGAAAGACAAGAUCUUGCUCAAUCAAAGGGAUUAUGUUUUAAUUGUCUCGCGCCCACUCAUACUGUAAGAAAAUGUCGUCAGUCAACAUGCUGCCGUAGAUGUGGAAGGAGACAUCACUCACUGCUGCACCUCGAAAAAGAAAAUAAUCAAGGGCCUAUAAAUAAUUUAGAGAAUACAAACACUGAUUCAGGGCGACCCACAUUAGAGAACACAAAUGCAACUCCUGAUAGUGAAGUGAGAGUUGUUGCCAAUUUUGCUAAAGAGAAUGAGAUAAGAACGUACAGAGUGUUAUUGGCAACGGCAGUUGUUAGAGCUUAUUCGCGAAACGGUCAAUCGAAUUUACUUAGGGUGUUAAUUGAUCAAGGAUCACAAGCGUCGUUUGUGACCGAAGAGAUGGUUCAAUUGCUAGGGCUUAAACGUACUCCAGUAAAUGGUUGUGUGUCAGGUCUGGGAGAUGGUCAAUUAAGAAUUAAACAUAUGGUCUCUUUUCGUAUAGAAUCACAGAGAAAUUCAAACAAUUCAAUUCAGAUUACCGCUUAUGUAUUAAAAUCACUUACUUCACGUAUUCCAUGUACUAAUGUAAACAUUCCUGAUUGGCUAGACAUCGAGAAAUUAUCACUAGCUGAUGCAGGGUAUACAUCACCAGGUAGAAUAGACGUUCUUCUUGGAGCUGAAGUUUAUAGUGAAAUUUUAUUGAGUGACAUGUUGAAACAUCCACAAGGACAUAUGUUAGCACAAAACACUAUUUUUGGGUGGGUUAUUUCAGGAAGAGUGUCACAAUCAACUUCGAUAAAUGAGAAAUUAAUAAGUUUACAUAUACAGAUAAGGGAAGAUACUUUAUUGAAACAAUUUUGGGAAUUGGAAAAUGAGCCAAAUACAAUUAAAAAGAAGUUAACCAAGACAGAAGAAAAAUGCGAAGAAAUUUAUGAGUUAACUACACGUAGAAACGAUGAAGGGAGGUUCGUAGUGAAAUUACCAUUAAACAGAGAGAAACCAGAAUGUGAAAAUGGAAAAUUAAAGGAUAUUGCACAGAAAAGAUUUCAUUUCCUUGAAAGAAAAUUUCAGAAGAAUCCUGCAUUUAAAGAAGAAUACAAUAAAGUCAUUCUGGAAUAUUUAGAUUUAAAUCAUAUGGUACGCGUUAGUGAUGAUUCCGAUAACUGUAAGGCUGUUUAUUUCCCCCAUCAUGCAGUGGUGAGGGAGGACAAGGAAACAACAAAGCUACGCGUUGUUUUUGAUGCGUCAUGUAAAGGUGUCAAUGGCGUAUCUCUUAAUGACAAUCUUCUUGUUGGACCCAAACUUCAACAGGAUUUAAGGCACAUUUUAAUGAGAUGGCGAAAGCAUAGGAUAUGUAUUGUAGCGGACAUUAUCAAAAUGUACAGGCAGGUUCGUGUACGUGCUGAAGAUACGCGAUACCAAAGAAUAGUUUGGCGAUCAAAUCCAGAUGAACCUAUCGGUCAUUACGAAUUACUUACCUUAACAUUCGGUACAGCCUGUGCUCCGUACUUGGCUGUAAAAUCACUGCAACGAUUAGCAGAUGAAGAACAACAUAAUUUUCCUAUUGCAGCAGAAAUAACAAAGCGAGACUUUUAUGUUGAUGACCUUAUGACGGGCUGUGAAACUGAAGACAAAGCUGAAGAAAUUUAUAAACAAUUGAAUCAAUUACUAAAUUCAGGUGGUUUCCAGCUUCAAAAGUGGAACAGUAAUAGUAACAGUUUUCUGCAAUUUAUUGGCCAAAACAAUCAAGAUGACGCUCAAUCAUUAACGGUAAAAUCAAAUUCUAUAAUCAAGGUUUUAGGGAUCCGAUGGCAUAGAGAUUCGGAUAAAUUUCAGUACAUUGUGAAGUUACCAGAGUUGAGUUUACCAGUUACAAAGAGGAAGGUGCUUUCUACUAUCGCAAGUUUAUACGAUCCCAUGGGAUGGAUUGCGCCUGUAGUGAUUGUUGCUAAAAUAUUCAUUCAAAAGUUGUGGAAGUCUGGAUUGCCAUGGGAUAAUGAAUUAACGGAAGACUUGUUAACUGAGUGGUUGAAAUACAGGGAAGAGCUAAUUAAUUUAGAGGAGAUACUGAUACCGAGAUGGUUACAGUAUACGCAUAACUGUAAAACAGAGCUGCAUGCUUUCGCUGAUGCGUCGCAGUCUGCCUAUGCAGCCGUAGUAUAUCUACGUGUAAUAGAUAAUGACGGUCGGGUUUAUGUCCAUUUAGUAACGGCAAAAACAAAAGUUGCCCCAAUAGAAAAACAACUGUCAAUUCCGAGGUUGGAACUUUGUGGUGCAGCAUUAGCUGCAAAGCUAUUAUUUGAAGUGUCGCAAAUAAUGGAGGUUCCUAAAGAGAAUUUGUAUGCAUGGUCAGAUUCGACUGUCGUUUUGGCGUGGUUACGAGGUUUGCCGUCACGAUGGACCACUUUCGUCAGUAAUCGUGUAUCUGAGAUUUUAAAUAUUAUACACAGCGAUCAGUAUAGGCAUGUCGAUACAAAAUUGAAUCCUGCUGACUGCGCUUCUAGAGGCUUGCAACCAUCUGAGUUGAAAACUCAUACACUUUGGUGGAAUGGACCGAUAUGGCUGCAUGAGCCAAUUGUUGAUUUACAGAUAUUUGAGUUCACCACUAAAGAAGAGGAAAAGGUUAGCAAGGUAAUAGAAGUAAAGUCUUUAGUCACAAUAAACAGAAAAGAAAUCAACAGACAAUUAAUAGAGGAAGAAAAUAAUUUCAUUUGGAUUCAAGAAUCUGAAGAGGCAUUAAUGAUAUGUAUUAAGCAAGUGCAACAUUUGUAUUUCAGUGAUGAAAUGAAACAACUACAGAAAGGUAGUGUAUUCAAAAGAAGCGAAGUUUAUUCUCUUAAUCCUUUUUUGGAUGAGAAAGGAAUUUUGAGAGUAGGUGGUCGCAUACAUUUAGCGAAGUUGAAUUAUAAUGAGAGACAUCCCAUCAUAAUGCCUGAGAUAAGUCAUCUUACCCAGGUCAUUGUAAUGGACGCACAUAAUUCAACAAUGCACAGUGGACCUCAAACAAUGCUUAACUACAUAAGAAGUCGAUUUUUUAUAAUACGAGCUAGGAAAUUAGUGAAAAAACACUUUAGAGAAUGCAUCACUUGUUUGAGAUAUGCCCAAAGAAAAAAUACUCCGUUAAUGGGUCAGCUGCCUGAAGUUCGUUUGCAACCAUGUAAACCAUUCAAAUCAGCUGGGGUUGACUACGCAGGACCCAUCAACAUCAAAUUUUCUCCAGGAAGAGGAGCUAAGUCAUACAAAGGUUAUGUUUGCCUCUUUAUUUGCAUGGUGACUCGUGCUAUACAUUUAGAAGCUGUUUCAGACUUAACUGCAAAAGGCUUCAUUGCUGCGUUCCGAAGGUUUGUUGGUCGACGUGGAUUUUGUAUGGAUCUCUAUAGUGAUAAUGGCACCAACUUUGUUGGUGCCGAUAAAGAACUGAGACAGAUGUUCGAUGGAGCAAAAUCAAGAGUUCCUCAGGAAAUUGCAGAAUUACUUGCUCUACAAAAAACUACAUGGCAUUACAUCCCUCCCUACAGUCCUAAUUUUGGAGGACUUUGGGAAGCCGCGGUGCGCUCAACCAAACUAAUUUUGAGAAAGGUGAUCGGUGAAAGUACGCUCACAUAUGAAGAAUUGUCUACGGUCUUGAUCCAAAUUGAAGCGUGUCUGAAUUCGCGUCCAUUGAGUCAAUUAAGUGACGACCCUUCUGACCCUCUUCCACUGACACCCGGUCAUUUUCUGGUAGGAGAACCCAUCAUAAGUGUAGUUGAUAAUUUUCAUUAUAAUCAAAUUAGUAAUGUAACUGGUUUAGAACGGUGGAGAUUAGUUCAAAAAAUGAUAAACGAUUUCUGGAAUCGGUGGUCUAAAGACUAUUUAUUGCAUUUAGAUAAGAGAUAUAAGUGGAGUAUAAAAAGAUCUGAGCCAGAUAUUGAUGAUAUUGUAAUAGUCCGAGAAGAAAAUUUACCACCCACGAAGUGGAUACUUGGUAGAAUUGUAGAAAAGCAUGCCGGUAAAGACAAUAUAACUCGUGUUGUUACUCUUAAAUGCAAGGACAAAUUGUUAAAACGUCCUGUUAAUAAAUUUUGUUUUUUGCCUAAAAAGUAG